AUGGCAAAGCCGGGAAGGGAGGAAGAUCAAUGUUUGGAAGGUUUACCUUCCGGAAAAGUGUAUAAAGCAUUCGACGAUAAUGUAGGUAAUUCUACUUGUGCCUUUACUGAAAAAAUAAGUAAUUGGGAAAGUUACAUAUAUAUUGACAAUUAUAAGGACAAAAUUAAACAUGGUUUAUGUUAUGCAUCUGAAAAGAAAGAUCAGGAAGAAUUACAUGGGAAGGCAUGUCAAUUUCUAUAUUAUUGGUUAGGUGAAAAAAUGAAGGAAAUACGCGGGGAUUCCUCAUUCCCGAAUGUCAUCGCCAACGUCCAUAAUUUAUUGACAGAAUACGGGUCCAUUUUGCAGUGCACUGAUAUAUACCCUAGCGUGAGUUGGUACAUUUUCAGCGAAAGGAAGAAAUUGUUUGAUUACAAAUAUGGCUACAGUACUCUAAAGAAACAAUCAGGGAGUAAUGGAUGUUCCUGUAAGCAGCAAUAUGAUGAGUACCUACAUAAAGCUGUAGGUGCACAUAGCGCAUUAGUUAGUAUGUGUGAGAGCGAUGGCAGUCCAUAUUGUACCGAAUUUAAGGCGCCCAGUGGAGGGAGAAAUAAUCAUGGCCUGCAAGAAUUGCCAUGCUCCACAGCAUCUGCAGUACUACUUCCUUCAAAGGAAGAAGAGGAGGAAGAAUAUAUGCCCGAGGAAGAGUUGGAACAAAAAUUGGAGCAGCAGGAGGAAGAAGAAUUGGAAGGUUUAAAUUCAGGGAGGGAAUAUAAAUGGUUAGGUAGAAGCACUACGGAAAGUUGUGUUCACUAUGAUCAGACCUUUGAUUACGAUGAACGAGAAAAAGUGAAGGGAGAGCUGCAGACUAGCGGGGUUAAUGAGGGAAAUGGAGAAAAGGUUUUAGGUGGUUGGUGUAAAGCGCAUCAAAAGAAAGGGAGUGAUCUGUCCAAUAGUGAUUAUUGCUAUUAUUUGUACUUUUGGUUGUGGGAUCUAUUAUAUAAGGAACUUAAGGACAUGAGAAAAGUUUCCACAGUUAUGAACGAAAUUUACACAAAAUUGGCCCCUUGGGGAAAGGGAAAAAGUUGCAGCACUAUAUAUAAAAUUACGAAAAGUUUUCCAUUCGACCGAAUGAAAUCCAUCUAUGAUUAUCACCAAGACAAAGAAACCAUAAAAGGGAAGUUAAGUAGUGAAGGAAAUAAGUGUAGUAAAGCACUCUCAAAAUACCUGAAAAAAGCUCUUUCAGCUUACACAAAAAUAAAAACAAAAUGCGAGGUGCCAGGGAAGAAUGGUAAAAAGUCUGAUUAUUGCACCGAUUUCAGUAGAAAAUAUGAACAGUACUUGACUGAACUGUCCACAUUGGCCAAUUGUACUAUUCCUGCUGUGCAGCAGCAAGAACAAGAAGAACAACAACAACAGCAGCAGGAAGAACAACAGGCACAGAUACAAUUUCUAGGUCCUGCUUCUGGUGGAAGUGUCCUACCAGCUGUGUCUGCUGCUGGUGGACUUGCAGUAAUAGGUGUCCCAUUUGUUAGUUUUUUCCUAUAUAAGUACAAUCUUCUACCCCCCUGGAUCAGUAACAAAUUUAAAAGAGGAAGUAAUAGAAGCAGGAAAAGGAGAUUCGCCGUCGAACGCAAUUUCGAAACCCUCACAGCAGACACCUCCACACUAUAUUCAACAGAAAGUUUAACAGCAGAUUCGUCAUCAACAACAAUGGACACAUCUACACACUAUUCCACAGACAAUUCUACCUUAUAUAAUGAAGAACGAUCAUCACGACCAUCACCACCACCUGGCCAAAGAAGAAGGGUAGCAAAUAAUAAUAACAGACAACCUAAGAAUAUAGUUUAUCAGCGCAUAUAG